CUUUUGGCUUCUCAUUGAUGGCAUUUGGCUUCUCCCAUACAUUUAGACUAUCUUUAAUAGUAGCGUCGUGUGCAUUGGAAGACGUUUGUAGAGUAGCCAAACCUACAUGUUACAGUAAGUGGUAAUGAAUAACGCUUGCUCUGUAUAGUAACUGGUGAAAUUUGUGAAAUCAUACAGAUUAAUGAAAUGUUAAUUACUAUCAUAAUAAUUAGAAUUCCACAAACACAAAUUGGUUGUCGCGCUUUUGUUAACCGCGAUUAAUAUGUAGCACAUAAGCAAUGAAAGAUGUUGAAGAAAACAGGAUUGCAUUGCUUUGAAUGUACUACAGAAAGAUAUUGAGAACGUUAAAUUAUUUUCCCUUUCCACCUAGUAUGGUUUCGUGAAUCACGCAUUGGAGUUGCUUGUCUUAAGAAGAUAUGGCGAAGAGAAAUGGGCGGAAAUAAAGUAUGUUAAAACUACCGAUCAGUAUAGGUAAUCAUGCGAUGGUGAGUACAAUUAGGGAUUAAUAGUGCGAGAGAUGUUUGGAAAUUUUGCCAAAAUUGGACGAGCCGCCGGCCGAGUCCAAUUUGGCAAAUUUCCAAACAUCACGAGUACUAUUAAUCCCUAAUUAUACGAGCAACAUCGCAUGAUUAUACUUGUUUGUUUAUUAUUAGCAUAUGACAAAAUUGGACACUUCUCCGUCAACAUCAUAUUCUCUCGCCAAAACCCAGUCCUGCCAGACUUUCAACGUACCAAAAUUUAGUACUUUUGUUCGUAUUUUCAUCUAGUUCCUCAAGGGCAAUUUCAUUUCACAUUUGUGUUCAAAAUAUACCUUUCCGCCAUUUUGUUUGCUUUGGGAAAAUCAUUAAUUGUACUGCAGUACAAUUAAUGAUGGUAAUAGAACGAGUGCUAUUAAUGCCAUAAUCAUACUCGUGAUUACAAAAUCAACCGACCGCAUAGGCAGAGGCAAAUAAUUGAUCUGCGAGCCACUGAUAAAUAACGAUAUUUUGCGAUAGCCGAGUUCAAUAAUUGUCUUAUCAUUUACCGAUUAGUAUUUGUCAAUUAUUAUUAUGGGCACAAGUUUAAUAACAAAUCCAAGAACAGUCAACGGAAAAAGUAUAAUUUAGUCUGACAUACACAACGUAAAAAUACUGUAUUGCACAAAAAUUGUGAUUUUUAUAAAAUCAAGCAUGUAAACAAUUUAACUUUUGUUGCCUAUUUUUUGUUUUCGGCGUCCUUUUCCACCAGUAAAGAUGACAAAUCCGCUUUCCGAUAGCUCGGCAAAACCAGCCAUGUUGACAUUUCAAAUGAGAAGACGGUAUUUUUUAAUUUAAGCUGACGAAUAAUUUUCAAAGUGAGCAUGCUCAAUGAAGUAUUUGCACCAGUUAUUUGCGCCUGAUCGAUAUUUGCGGACAGUUAUUUGCAGCUAACCAAUCAAAAUUGAGAAUACUAUAAAGUGAAUGAUAAUAUUGAAUAUGUGCAGGCUGUAUACACCCUUUUCAUAAAUGGCUGCCGAUUAAAAAUUCUUUUAUGUGCAUAUAAAUUCGCCCAACUAGCCUCGUUUCUGGGUAGAAAUUCCUUUGAAAUCUUAACAUGAGUACGAGGCUAGUUGGGCCAAUUUAUAUGCACAUAAAAUAAUUUUUAAUCGGCAGCCAUUUAUGAAAAGGAUGUAUAGCUCGUGUAUUAUUAGGGAUUCUGAAGAUUUGGUAAAAUUGUAAUUUAUAGAAAGCAGGCUGGUCUAAAUUUGGAAGGAAGAUUUCUUGUGCGAAUUGUCUACGAUGAUCUCAAAACGUACGACUUGGUUGAAGCGGCAACACAAGUUUUAGGUAAUCAGAUAUAAUUUCAUAUACUAUGCGCAUUAAGACUAUGCGCACUAUAAGAAUCAGAAAAACUGAAGCGUUGUAUUCACCUUGUCAGAACUGCGACAGGAGUACAUUGAAUAACCCUUAUACUAGACCGAAUAGAAUUAAACCACUGAUAAAUGACUCUUUCAGAGGCAGAGACAUGCACAAUUCUAAUUCUUAGAUAGCUAUGUUCUAUUCCAAAGUUGUAAAUUAUGUGGUAACGAUUUAAACAAACGGUAGCCGAUUUUGUCUAUUGCCUUUGUUUUGUCUAUUAUUUUAGGCAUUCCUGCUACGAAAAUCCUAGAAAUGUUUGGAGAGACGUUCUUCGACUUCUGUCAAGAAUCAGGUUACGACAGAAUCCUGCACGUCCUGGGUGGCAAGUUGAGUGAGUUUCUUUGCAACCUUGAUGCCUUGCAUGAUCACUUGGGCAGUAUGUAUCCCGGCAUGAGAGCUCCGUCCUUCAGAGUGACUAACCGCGACGGUGCGAUUAUUUUGCACUACUAUUCAGUACGAGAUGGACUGGAACAUAUUGUGCUUGGCAUUGUCAAGACUGUCGCAAGGAAGCUUCUCAACACAGAAGUAAGUAGUAAACUGAUGUAUACAAGCAAGUGCCAGUUGCGCGAGAUAUUGAUGUAAGCUACAAGGAGAGACUAUAACUCAGUUUCCCCUUUUUUAAUCCUGAUUAGAGAUUCGAAAAAAUAAUGAAAAUUAAUUCCGUGGGUUUUAUUAAUUUACUAGAAUGUUAUCACUGUACAUUUCUACAUUUCAUCACUGCACACGUUCACUUCAUCACUUCCCAAAUUGGUUAUUACUGCACACUAAAAUUAGGUAUAUAUGCAUGCUUAUAGAUGCUUGUGUAAAGAAGAAGUUUUAAAGAAGAAGUUUUAUUUCUUCACAACAAUUUUACAAUCAUUCAUUAGUUACUUAUAAUUAUAAAUAGAGUGAAGCCGGCUCUCCAAAAUAACCAAUAGGCUAAUCAGAGCUGGAGGCCAAAGAUACCGAAUAAUAAUAAAAGGAAUUAAUGCAGUAAGAUAUUAAGAACAAAAAAUUAAAAAAAUAAAGAAGUGAUAUAAAAAACUACUUUCUGAAUUUUUUUUUAAAAGGUUAGUACGAAUCAACAAAAUUAGCUUUAAGUUUUUGUUUGAGCUGAGUGAAUGACAAUCUUUUGUCAAAAUCGCUGAGUGCAUUCCAUACCUUGACACCCCGAUAUCUAAUGUUAAAUAAACCAAAAUUUGUCCUGGGUUUAGGUAAUGAUAAACAAAGUCCCGACGCAAGUCUUGUAUUAUAUGAAUGUAAUUUAUGCACAGGUGUAAUGUUAAGCUUGCAAUGUUUGGCACUCCAUAUUCCUUAAUAAUGUUUAUUUAUGAUUUCAUAAUUAUAUGAUCAUGAUCACAGGUAUCCGUGGAAAUCAUUCAGACAAAGGAUGAAGAGAACGACCACGUUCAACUCGCAAUAACAGAAAUCAGCAGUGGAGAUUCGUCGGAGAUGAAAUUGGAUGAAGCUGAUCUUACAAUGGGCGGUCAACUUAACUUAGAGCCAAAGAUUUCUCCCAUGUCGUUCUGCAAAGCUUUCCCAUUUCACGUCAUAUUUGAUCGUAAUCUGAUGGUAAUCCAGGCGGGAGACUCUGUAUGUCGGGUCCUACCACAGCUUAAUGCGGAGGAUGUGAAUUUUGGUGAUCUGUUUCAGUGUGUCAGACCUCAGAUCGAAUUUACCGUUGACUCUGUAUUGGCGCACAUUAAUACAGUUUUUGUUAUGAAAACGCGACAAGGUGUUCUAGUGGUUGAUGAAGAGAACACGCCACCAGGAUCACCGCAACGAAAGGGAAGUAAUGGAGAAGAGUAUGUUAAUCUACGCCUUAAAGGUAACGAAGAAUUCACAUAUGCCAUGUUUCCAUUUGUUUGCGGUCAUUUGUUCGCAUAUCCAUUUUGUGGUAAGGGAUCCCGUCUCCAACUGAAAAGGAUAGUACCGGUUGAUAUUUCAAACUUUAUAAACGUAUUUCUGCAAAUCUUUAUUCCCUAGCUCGAAUUUGCGUUCUUUUAAAACUUGCGUCCUUUUAUCAAGCAGCUGUUUCUUAGGCCACUGGGUCAUGAACACUAGACCGUCUUUAUAAACUAUACACGGAAUGUUGAACUGAUAUGUUGACGUGCUAUAUUACAUCAUCUACCUUGACGGCGUUUUUUCAGGCUUUGGCUAUCGGAGGAUGGUCUAGCGAUAUGAUAGGUUAACAAAUAAAUGCUUAAUAUUUAAACCGGUUAAAAAUAUUUUGUUGAAAGAGCGAAGAUGAAAACACGAACAUUCUGAAUAUAUAUUUUUUUGAAAAUAAUAAUAGCAAAAGCCUUUGUUUUGUAUCAUUUAAUUAAUUUAAGAGCGAGCAGCAGUGUUUUAUCAGGUUUCGGCCAAGUUGUGUGCAUUGCCAAACUAACUGUCAAAAUGACAAUACUGAAUUAAGUCUGUAAGUGCAGUAGUUCUUAGUGCAGUAUUGCCCUCCAAAUUUUUUCAAAGUGCCUCUUUUGUGAUGAAAAGUGCCCUUUUUGUACAAGCUAAUGUUGCUGUAAACACUAUAUUAACAUCGAAGGUGCCCUAGUUGUUGGGAAAUUUCGAUGUUUGUAAAAACAAUUUGGUCAAAAAGUUCAUUGCACGUUGGAAUUCGAAAAUUUAAGAAAAUGUGUUAUCUUAAGCAUGAAAUGUGGAAAAUGUUUUUCCCGUGGCCGUCUCCCCCCCGUUUAGGCGCUCUUUUCAUUAUCCAAAAGUGACCCAGGAAGCCGGUGCCUCCCCCCGAUCUCUUGAUGCUUCCUACGCCCCAGCAACGCAGUGCUACGAUCCUCAUCGGCUAUACUGCUGUAGCGGCUGAAUAUUUGACACUGUUAACUAUAUAUUAUAUAGCUGUAAAUCCGUAUUUCUUUAACUUCCCUUUCUCAAUGAAUAAGGGCAUACAUGUGUACUAGUUACAUUAUUCUAAUUCAAUUUCUCGUUAAUUUGCUGCGUUUCAGGCAUACUUUGCCAGAUUUUCGUAAAAUCAAUAAUAAACAUCCCUCCCACAAGGUUUUGUAGAAGAAUUUGGCUGAUACUGGACUAAAAUUUUAAAAACAUUUUGAAAAAUACUGUAUUAAAUUGCUAAAACUGAAAAUUCUGGCGUCCGGCUUAUCACGUUUAAUUUGGAAACAAUUCCUCAUUCAUUGAGCAGCAAGUAAAAAUUUCAAUUCAACAUUCCAGAAAAAAAGUGUAAGAAUUCCCUGUUCCAAAAUUCUGCCUUAUCCCCCAAAUGCCGGUUUAUCCAUGAAAAUUCAUACAUUUUAUAAAAAAUAUUGACAGGUCAAAUGCUUUACAUAGAAGAGUCUGAAUUGGUACUGUACCUAUGCUCUCCAAGUGUCCUUGAUAUGGACGACCUGCAGGCAAAAGGAUUGUUUGUCAGUGACAUUCCAAUACACGAUUCCACGAGACAGCUGGUACUUCUUUCCGAGCAGUUUGCGGCGGAGUACAAGCUUACCCAACGCCUGGAAGUACUAACAGACUACCUCAAACAGACUCACAAAGAACUCGAGGCUGAGAAACAGCUUACAGAUCAAUUGCUCUAUUCCGUCUUGCCUUCGUCCGUCGCUGAUCAGCUGAGACAGAAGCGGCCAGUGCCUGCAGAAAAGUACGAAAUGGUCACCAUUCUGUUCAGCGCUAUUGUUGGAUUUACCGAUUUCUGCAAGAGCGCCAUGCCUCUAGAAAUUGUGCAGUUGUUGAACGAUGUAUAUACCAGUUUCGAUGUUUUACUUGAUCCCCGUAUCAAUGAUGUUUACAAGGUGAAUGAAAUUAUAUAUGAAACGUUUUGUAAUUAGACUUUAUCAUCGCACCAAAUUGCACAUGUGGUGCAUACAGUGGGCCUUAUUUCCAUUAAAUACCACGCAUCUCACUUGACAGUAUUAAUUGUUGAAGGGUUAUGCUGAUUGAAUUUUGAGUGUAAAUUUUAUACUUUUAUUAGAUCUAAGCAGGAGCGGUUGCCAAAAAUGCAUGCAAAGAUAUAUUUUCUAGAAGGAAUCGAACCUUCUGGUCCAGUGAUUCCGAUGUAGCGCUCUGACCAACUCGGUUACAGAGUCCAGUUGUCGAGCUUUUAUUUAUUUUCAUUAGAACGCAUUCAAUUGUUCUUGAUAAUCUUGAACUUCUACCACCUUAAUAAAAUGAGAAGAUCUUUGUAGCCUAUUCGCAACAUACAAUCAGGGCGGAAAUCGUCCAGACGUCUUGCGUAGGCAUCCGAUACCGUCGUCUUCAUAAAUGUCCGAAACCCACCCUCCUUAAACCAAUGUGGCCAUCUUAUUCGUCAUAAAAUAACAAGUGCACAUCAUAUUGUGAAGAAACAUUAGAAAUAUGAAAUGGAGGAUUUAGGUCAGUAAGUGAGUUUGCAUAUUCGGCGAUGGAUAAAAUUUAAUCUUCAUAGUACCUGCGACAGGCUUGUUAAUAAGAUGUUAUAUGUCCUGCACCAGGUCACAGAGUAGAUAAGACAUACAGAGACGUAACUGACCGUUGUAAACACUGCGGAAGAUUACGUUAUCAUGUACCCACUUUUUUUCAGUCGACCGGGCGAAAUGAUCAACUGCGCGUGCUCAUCAAGUUUAAAGUAAGCCGUCAUCAGGUCGUCAUCCAAUCAGAUGCAUGCAUCUAGUAACUUGCCGAGCAUGCGCACAAAAAAUGGGUACACUAGUUACGUCUCUGUAUGUCUCUACUCUGUGACCAGGUUCCAUAGUUACAUUUUUCGGAACUGCUCCUGGUUAGGUCAAAGAAAUGUAUAAAAUUCACACUCGAAAUUUCAAUCUACAAAACCUUUCUAUUAGUCAUAUCGAGUUUAUAGAUGCCCAACAUCCUGCAUUAUAUUUGCGUAUACUUCUAACCGCUAAUUACGUUUUACGUAGGUCGAGACUGUGGGAGAUAUGUACAUGGCUGUUAGCGGGUUGCCAGAAAGAUGCAAUGACCAUGCACGCAAGAUCUGUAAUAUGGCACUAGAUAUGAUGGAGAUAGUGCAAGAGAUCAAUACUCACAAACGAAAGAUACAGGCAAGUUAGAUCGCCUUUAGACUAGACGCCAGUAUCAAUUCUAAAUCCUAGUACGUAGUGUGGAUGCCCGGCUCGUUGCUGGUCAAGCGAAAUUAGAACAAACAGAAAAUCUAACAUUGACUGAGAUUAAUCCCAAUUCAAUACCAGGUCACCUUAAUUCCGAUUCAAAUCCGAUUCAAAUCCAAUUCCGCGCAAUUCAAUUCCAAUUCCAGUUCAAUUCAGUACCAAUUCAAUUCCAAUUCGAUUCUAAUUUAUUAAUAAUCCAGUUCAUUUCCAAUUCCAAUUCAAUUCCAUUCCAUUUCAAUUCAAUUCAAUACAAUUUCAGUUCCAAUUCAAUACCAAUACAAUCCAAUUCAAUUCUAAUUUAAUGAAUCCAGUUCGUUUCCAAUUCAAUUCCAAUUCCAAUUCAAUUCCAAUUCAAUUCAAUUCCAAUCCAAUUCCAAUUCAAUUCCAAUUCAAUUCCAAAUUAAUUCCAAUUUAAUUCCAAGUCCAAUUCAAUUCCAAUUCAAUUCUAAUUCAAUUCCAAUUCAAUUCCAAUUCAAUUUCAAUUUAAUUCCGAUUUAAUUCCAAUUGAAUUCCAAUUCAACUUCAUUUCAUGCCAAUCCAUUUCAAUUCAAUUCGAAUUCAAUUGCAACUCAAUACCAAGUCUAUUUAAAUCAUUUCGAUCCAAUUAAAUUGAAUCAAUACCAAUUCAAUUCAAAUCAAUUACAAUUCAAUACCAAGUCUAGUCAAGUUCCAAUUUAAUUUCAAUCCAGUCCAGAUUAAGUACCAAUUCAAUUCCAAUUCACCUUCUGUUGCAGCUUAAUUGCGGUUACAGCUUAGUUGCGAUGCUCGAAAAGCGGUUCCAAAAACAUAAUAUAUGUUUAGGUUCUUUCCCAGAGCAGUUGUGGUGAGAUUUGAGGCAAUGAUUAGUCUUGUAUAUUUUUUCUAAUUGACAGAUCACAAUUGGUAUUCAUUCUGGUGAGGUUGUCUCUGGUGUUGUUGGUCAGGUGAUGCCAAGAUAUUGUUUAUUUGGUAACACUGUGAACUUGACCAGCAGAACGGAAACUACAGGAACUAGUGGCAAGAUCAAUAUUAGUGAAUACACUUACAGGUAAAAUGGGCUUAGCAAAAUAAAAAUAAUGGUUAUUAUUGUGUGGUACUCUAAUCACUUUUUUCCAUGAAUCAUCCAAUUUGAAAAAGACAUUCUUUGCAAUAAUAUGCCUGCCUCGUACCCAGGCGCUGUAAUGCUUGGCCCUGGUAGCGUGUUGUUCCGCGCACGCUUCUUGACAGCAGGCAAAUAAUAUACAAUUAUUUAGCGAGGUUGAGUAAAAUUAUAUUCUGUAAUUUCUCAGUGGAGAGCUGAUCAAUUAUUUGCCAAUGUUGAGGGCUCGGCUUUGUUUUUACAUGUUCUUAACUCAAGGUAACAUGUUUACGAAAGCGUAAGCUAUAGUGCGCACGAGCAGAUCAUUAUUUGCAUCUUAUAAUAGCAGUAUGAUUUUGACCAUUGAUAGUAUUGCCAUCAGCUUUUUGCCGCUGACAUGGAGUCAUGUGCAGGAAAAUAUUAGCCAUUGAAAAAUAUUUUGUGUGGUUUUUGAACAGUUUCGUGUAUUUAAAGAUUUUAACAGUUUUAAAGAUUUUAACGGCUUUUUUGUUCCUUUUUGCGCAAAAUAGAUGUCUCCAACAACCUGGAAGCAUGGAUCCUAGCUUUGACUUCGAGUUACGCGGGCCAGUCAAGAUGAAAGGCCGAGAUGAACCAAUGAUCGUGUAUUAUUUAACCCGCGACUGUUCCCGCCCACGUGUUCGCUCCGUCUUGCGAGAGUACAACAUCAAAGCUCCGUUCUCUGCAUCACCUGCAAUCAGCCAUCGUGAUAUGAAGAAUUCGCCGGGUUGUCCAAUGUCAAUGAUGCUUGAUGUUAAAACCCACGUUACAUAGAAUUUAAUGCUUGCCUGCGAUUGAAAGAAUACUUGUAACAGCGUGACAUGGGCGUGUCUUAUACACGUGUCUCAAAAACUGUAAAUAUAAUGAAACCGUCAAUAUAUAAUGGGUUUAGACCGCACUUUGGAGAGUUUGGAGAAAAUCGAGAUUUCGAUUAGAAACACAAUAGCGGGCGCUUACGGCUCUCUGAGGAAAUUUGUUCUGUAUUUGCGUUACGCAUCUUAGACUAUAUAAUUAUACACACAAUGGUUUCAGAUAUGGUAUAUAUUGUGGCUUUAGUGAAUCAAUCUACAAUGGCUGCGAUUUUUGCUAUAUAGUUAAGUAUACCCAACGGUCACCCUGUUUACACUCAAUUUUUACUGAUAUACAGUGUUACCCAACAAUUUCACUAAUAUGGUAUAUAUUGUGAUUUUAAAUGGUUGCAUCAUUUGGGUUUUUUUUGGAAGGGGGGUGGGGGGGGGGGAAGGGGAGUUAUAAAAAAAAGUAAAAAAAGUUGAUUCUAGUAUAAAUGUAAAUUUAGAGAAAAUAAUGAGGAAUGAAUCAAACCAAUGUAGUAGGUGUAUUAAAAAUAUGAAGCAGGAAAUAUAAUAGGUCCCUCCAACUCCGCCCUAGUCAUGGGAUUUUAGUGGAUUGAAUUUCAGCGUUUGCACCUGACGUGACAGCCACCGUGUUGGUGUUCCAAUUCAAAUGAAUUAUAAUUAGACUCUUUAGUCUGGAACACAACAUGGCGGGAAUGAGUGCGAAUGCUCUAUACAAUCUUAGGCCCAAACGGGAGCAGGUGCGAUUUCUGAGGGCCUAUAAAAGAUUCCAGAGGGUCUAAAGUUGCAUUUUUCGUAACUGUUGCCGGUUAGGUAAUAGGUACAGUAUAAAAUUGUGUAUACUGAAUUUUCGUAUCAAAAUUCCAUCCACUGAAAGCUAUCGAAAAGGAUUCCCAAAAGGUUGAAAUACACCCAUAUACCUAAAGGCCAUGUUACAUGAGGCAAUUUUACUUGAAACUUGCAACGCAAUUUCUGACACUGAGCUAUACAUCUAUCUUAUAUAAAAAGUAGUAUAGGGAAAUUCUGAACAUGGCCCACAGUUUGCUCUGCGCCAACAUGUAUGAUAACAUUAACUUCUAAUUUCAACCCUUAAAAUUCCAUCCACUAAAAACCUAUCAACUGAGAUAAAAUCCUUUCGUAUGUUAUUCAAUAGGCUGUUAUGUUGCUUUAUAUGACAUUGCGACUAUAAGAAAGCUAAAAGAAAUCAUAUCAUUAUAAAUAAAUGUGAUUAUUGAAGAUUUAAAAGCA